AUGGGCUUUAACAGCCUGGAACCACGAGCAGCGUCUAUCGGGGCUAAAUCGGAGUCAAGUGGGCCCUUUAUUAGUUCACCUCAUCACCAACGUCAACUGGAAAGACUACUUUUGGAAUUUCAGGUAUCGCUGGCGCUACCCGAUACGUUUGUGGAGCAUCCGGCAACGCUACGCCUUUUCAAGUUCCUUAACUCGGAGUGUGUUGGCUUGUUACCAUCUCGACGUGUCCUUGGUGGACGCGUCUUAGAUGCAUGUGGUAAGGAAUACUUGGAGCAGAGUGCUACAGUACUACGCAAAGUUCAGGACACUACCGGAGGACGCGUGAAUUUUUUAAGUGACGUUUGGCAAAAUAUCGCUAAAACACAUUUAUUAGGAGUUCAUCUCACUCUUUUUGGCAAAGUAUACAUCGAAGAAGCAGUGGGUAAUUGGAUCUGCAAUCACUGA